AUUCUUCUCUUGUGACAAUCCAGACAGAAAGGAAAAGCCUUUCUGACUUGCAGCUGAGUUAUAAGGUGCUGCGAUGACAAGUAACUGUUGUUUUGGUACCAAAGGACCAACUGCGAGGAGGGAAAUGGAGUUAAGUUAACCAUUACCAGACCCAUUCAGACCAUUCCUGUCUUUAAAGUGAACAUUUGGUAAAUAUUUGGGGUUGUUGCGCCGCCGGGGACAAAGUUGGCGCAUGGAGAGGGACGAAGUUUCAUUUUUGCGCAGCGUCUUUUCUUUGUUUUCUUUGUUUUUGUCGCCACUGCGUGUCAGCCAGCGUCGCUCGGCUUCUGGGGCAACAGGAGCAAAGUAACCGGAGUUCGGUUUUGACCCCUUUUUUUCUGUCGCCGAGGAGUUAAGUUUACGGCAGAGGACGAGACAACUUGAGGACGCAUUACGUCGGCUGAGAUGGUGGACAGCAAACCUCUUCUUCAGGACAGACCUCCCGCCUACAACGCCGUCCCGGGGGCUUAUGAGUACGGCCCGCAGCAGCAGAGCUAUGGGGCCAUCCCGCCUCCGGCCCCGCCGCCCUACCCGUACCCAGACGGCCAAGGAUACCCAUCAGCCCAGAUGGCCCCUGCCGUAUCCCAGCAGCCCUACGCUGGGACUUACACCAUUAUCCAACCCUCUGUAGUGGUGGUGGGAGGCUGCCCUGCCUGCAGAGUUGGUGUCCUGGAGGACGAUUUCACCUGCCUGGGGAUCCUGUGUGCCAUCUUCUUCUUCCCUCUGGGCAUCCUCUUCUGCUUCGCACUGCGUCAGAGAAGGUGUCCCAACUGUGGUGCCACCUUUGGCUAGAGGGACCAAACACAGCUCUCAUGCACAUGUUUGUGCUCCCAUACACACACACACACACACACACACACACACACAUAAUCCAGCAUUUUUGUGUCUUUUUUGUGUUAUCUUUUCUUAAUAUUGCACAUUGCUGUUGCCAUUAUGUUCUGUACAACAAAUGAUCAAGAUAAUACCAUGAAUUAUUAUGUGGGAUUUUAUUAGAGGCACGUGUAGAAAUCUGUUUUCACCUGCUAGUUGAGGAUGUAUUCUAGCGUCUGUAAGCGUCCAGCUGUUGUCAGUGCCUUCACCACAUGCAGAGUGAGCAUCAGAGAUUCCAUCAGUCAUGAUUUUCUUGUGUAGAUUUAGCUCAGUUAUCCAAGGAUCUGAGCAGAUUCCUUCAUGUUUUGACAAGCCAGAAUUAACCAAGGUACAUGUAGUUUUUUUUUUUUUUUUGCCUGAGGUUUUUUUCCUCUCAGUUUUUUUUUUAAUUUCCUGGCAGACUGCUUACUUUUUUUUUUUUUGGGUAACACUGUGCUUAGUAGCUUAGUAACAGCAUCCAUGUUGAUCACUGAUGUAUUAGCUUUUUAAGGAAAUGCAAACUUUUUUGAAAUGUUUUGUUCUUUUUUUUUUUUUUUUUGGCCAAUUGUGACAUUGAAUAAGACGAACAGAUGUUUUUUUUUUUUUUUUUAAAAAGAAAGAAAUAUGUGUGAAGAUCCCUGGACAUGAACUGUCCCGGCUGAAAUAAUGGACUCGUGUCAGACAGGAGGCCUGCAGCAUUUUGUCUGUUGUUUUUGUUGAUAUUAUUUCUUGGGGCCAUAUUUGCACUGACCGUUUGUUUGAUGAUUAUUCUGCUGGGUUGUGCUUUUCCAGGGCCAAUGCAGACCUCAGGUACAUACAAUCGGAAAACGCCCUCGACUUUACAACCUCAAUCACUGUUUGACUUCGGACUUUUACCUACUUUUAAGCGAAACUCUCGCGUCGCGGUGGCGCGCGGACUUGUCCUUUUAACGUGCAGAGUUUCACUUCAAGGAAGCAUGCUGAGAGCGAAAGCUGAAGAAAUCUCUCAAUAAUGUGUGUAAUCUCUGGAUUUUUAUCUUAGUACUCUGUGACAAGUCACCCUCUGCCCCCAUUCUUCCCAACCAGACAAUCAAUCAAGAAUGUCUAUGUCCCUGUAUCUGCAGUAUCUCCAUGUCUAUGUCUUCCAUCACAGCGAGAUGUUAUAUAACUGUCCAUGGCAGAAGAAAAGAGAUGAUGCUGGGUGGGAGGGAUGUAAAAAAAAUCUUCUUGCUUUAGAAAACACACUACGCACGCUCUUAUGAUUGAGGUUCUUACUUUUUAUAUAUGAGUUACUGUAAUUAAAAAUGAAUGCUACUUAAA